UUCAGGGUCUAUUUUUUUAAGGUAGAUUCUCUGGUGCAUUGAAAAUGAGGACUAGGAGGCCUGACUUCUGGUCCUGCCCUGUUGCUAGGUCACUCUGGGCAAGCACCUCCCUCUCCUGGCCAAGCUUCCUCAUCUAUAAAAUGAGUCAGCUGAACCUUAAGAUCUUUAAAACCCCUUCUCAGCACCAACAUUCUAUAAUUUGGGGCUUUUCAAAGCAUCACACCAGUAACCAAGGGUUAUGUUUGGCUUUGGUUUUAAAAAAUAGUUACAAGUACAAAAAUUUAAAUCAGAUGGUGCUUGUAAGCCCAUGUACCGGCCUCACCCCACAAGCUUACUUCCUGAGGAAAGCAGACUCAAGCUAAUGUAAUGUCAGAAACAGCAAAAUUGAAUUAAAAAAUUUAAAAACAUCACACUCCGUUAAAUUUGAAUUUCAGAUAAGCAACAAAUCAUUUCUGGCUUUAAGAUCAAAUAUUUGUUGUUUCCCUGAAAUUCAAACGUAACUGGGCUUAGGGAUCCCUUCCUCUUCAGCGGGCAGCUUCUAGUCUUGGGACCUGUUACUCUGGAGACAGCUGAUUGGGCAAGGACUUGGUGCUCUAAUCUAAGGGCCCUCUGGAUAGGCUGGAAUCAGCAGCCUAUGAGGAAGCUGGAGGCAAGAGCUCUGCCCAGUAAGGGCUCUGUAAUAUACAGAGUGGGGUCUCACCAAGCCAAUCCCAUUCUCGCUCUCAUUUAGCAUUUUAAAUGGAAGCCACGCUUCAAGGGGCUAAUAAGAAUCUAGGAAAGUCGGGAGGAGGGCACUAAAGAGGGGACCCGGUACAGAAGGAGAAGUUGAAUCAAGAAUGCCCUGGCCUGUUUAUGUGUCAGUCUCUUCAUAGAGUAAACUGACAACUUCUCUGGUGCUGAACCUGUGCCUAAUUCAUUCUUGGGUACCCAGUUUGAUGCCUGGCACAGUAUGGGGUGAAUGAAUGUGUGAAUGCUACAGCGCCUUGCCCUCUCGCCACUUGUCAUCUAUUACAUGAGACAGACUUACAGCACAGCUAGGAAAUUAGUUAUUUCCAGUUUCCUGGAGAGCUCCUGAUGAGGAUGUUGAAGAUGCUGAUUCUACCCCUGGUGGUCUCCAGCUUGAUGUCCGGCCUCGCCUCCCUGGAUGCCAAGACCUCCAGCCGCCUGGGCAUCCUCACUGUGGCGUACUACCUGUGGACCACCUUCGUGGCAGUCAUCGUGGGCAUCGUCAUGGUCUCCAUCAUCCACCCGGGUGGCGCGGCCCAGAAGGAGACAACGGGGCAGAGUGGGAAGCCCAUCAUGAGCUCAGCCGACCCCCUGCUGGACCUCAUUCGGAACAUGUUUCCAGCCAACCUGGUGGAAGCCACAUUCAAACAGUACCGCACCAAGACCACCCCGGUUGUCAAGUCCCCCAAGGCGGCAUCCGAAGAGGCCCCUGCUGCGCGGAGCCUCAUCUAUGGGGUCCAGGAGGAGAACGGCUCUCGUGUGCAGAACUUCGCCCUGGACCUGACCCCACCACCCGAAGUUGUUUACAAGUCAGAGCCGGGCACCAGCGAUGGCAUGAACGUGCUGGGCAUCGUCAUCUUCUCUGCCACCAUGGGCAUCAUGCUGGGCCGUAUGGGCGACAGCGGGGCCCCCCUGGUCAGCUUCUGCCAGUGCCUCAAUGAGUCUGUCAUGAAGAUCGUGGCGGUGGCUGUGUGGUACUUCCCCUUUGGCAUCGUGUUCCUCAUCGCUGGCAAGAUCCUGGAGAUGGACAACCCCACGAUGGUCGGAAAGAAGCUGGGCUUCUACGCGGUGACCGUGGUGUGCGGGCUGGUGGUCCACGGCCUCUUCAUCCUGCCCCUGCUCUACUUCUUCAUCACCAAAAAGAACCCCGUCGUCUUCAUCCGCGGCGUCCUCCAGGCCCUGCUCAUCGCGCUGGCCACCUCCUCCAGCUCAGCCACACUGCCCAUCACCUUCAAGUGCCUGCUGGAAAACAACCACAUCGACCGGCGCAUUGCCCGCUUCGUGCUGCCCGUGGGCGCCACCAUCAACAUGGAUGGCACUGCGCUCUAUGAGGCUGUGGCUGCCAUCUUCAUUGCCCAGGUCAACAACUAUGAGCUGGACUUCGGCCAGAUCAUCACUAUCAGCAUCACAGCCACCGCGGCCAGUAUCGGGGCAGCCGGCAUCCCCCAGGCCGGACUUGUCACCAUGGUCAUCGUGCUCACUUCCGUGGGUCUUCCUACCGACGACAUCACCCUCAUCACUGCUGUCGACUGGGCUCUGGACCGUUUCCGCACCAUGAUUAACGUGCUGGGUGAUGCCCUGGCCGCUGGGAUCAUGGCCCACGUCUGCCGGAAGGACUUUGCUCAGGACACAGGCACUGAGAAACUGCUGCCCUGCGAGACCAAGCCUGUGAGCCUCCACGAGAUCGUGGCGACCCAGCAGAACGGCUGUGUGAAGAGUGUGGCUGAGGCCUCAGAGCUGACUCUGGGCCCCGCCUGUCCCCACCACGUCCCCAUCCAGGCGGAGCAGGAUGAGGAGCCAGCCGCUGCCCGUCUGGACCACUGCACUAUCGAGAUCAGUGAGCUGGAGACCAAUGUCUGAGCCUGCGGAGCCGCAGGGGCCAGGGGCGGCCUCCAAGGUCAGGGGCCAAAGGCAGGAUCUCAACCCGCCGCAGAGCCCAGGGGCCAGGCUCACACAAUCUUCCCAACCUGGAGAGAGCAGAAUGAGCACCGCUGGAUGGAAAAUGAAGUUCCGGAGAAAGACGGCACGGGGGCGCCGCCGCUGGAGAGGUACAGUCAGAUGUCGCCCAGGCCCUGAUGGGGACACAUCCGCCAGGUGGCCUCUGAGGACGGCAGGCAGAGGUCAUGGUACCUACUUUCUGGAUCACAGAGAUGAGGCUCUGGGAGCUGAAAACACUUGCCCCAGGUCUCCGGACGAGUCGUGUCCGGGCCAGGACUCCAGUUCAAGGCUUUCAGGCCCUGGCCGCUCCCUCCCAGAGGACAGCGAUGCCUGCAGGGCCAGAUGCCGAGAGAAAGAGGCUCUGCCCCUCUCCGGGGGCCCCACAGCCACCACUGCUUUCAAUUUAUGGAGACAUAACAACGUCCUGGUUCUGCCCCAGCUGCGUCCCAGCCCGGGCCGGCCCCCACCCUGCCCCAUGACGCGUGGCCUCAGACAAACUGCUCUCCCCAAGGACAGGCCCAGCCCGAGGCCCAGACCUGCGGCCUAGCAUGUGCCACAGCCCGUCCCGUGGCCCCUCCUACCAGUUACCUCUCACAAAGCUCCCCCGACGUGGAGCCGGAGCCGGGGAAGGCGUCACCAGGGCUGCGGGGCACGGAGGACCAUGUGGGCCAGCCGGGAUGGGGGCAGCCGGCCUGCCUGGGAUGCUUUAGCCCAGCUGCCCUUACGGGCCUGGGGUCAGCACUCCCCAACAGCCCGUGUGAUGAAGUAGAGUGAGAUUUUUCUAUUCCUUUCCUUCUGUGUUUGCAAAUUCAAUGAUAACGAAAUAAAAGUAUUUUGUUUUUCAA